AGAGCCCCGGGACACGUCAUAAACAAGCAACAUGGCCGACCGUCGCGAGUAUUGACAAGACGCGUGUUGCUGUUUACAAACUGGACGAGGAAUCGGUUACGUCGAUGAGGCUCUGACCCUGCUCUGACCCUGCCGGCGAUCGCCGCGAUCCGUCCUGCCACAAACCGUCAUGGCACAAGCGAAGCUCGACGUACCGGAGAAAUCUGGCGGCGGUAUUAAGGAAAAGGAUAAUUCCGAGGAAAAGGAAGGUCCCACUGUCGUACCAGAAUGCGCAGUAUGCCUACAGCCUUGCAUUCAUCCAGCGCGAUUACCCUGCAGUCAUAUCUACUGCUAUUUGUGCGUAAAGGGUGUUGCUAAUCAGAGCAAACGAUGUCCGAUGUGUCGUCAAGAGAUCCCGCCAGAUUUUCUAGAGAGGCCUCAGUUGGUGGAGGUCGAGGAGCCCCAGAAGGAGUCGGAACAUCCUGAGGAAGAGUACCAAUGGUUUUACGAAGGCCGAAAUGGUUGGUGGCAAUACGAUCAGCGUACGAGUAUCGAAUUAGAAACGGCAUACAAGCAGGGCAAGAGGACCUGCGAGUUGCUGAUCGCAGGAUUCCUCUACAUCGCCGAUUUCGGCUCGAUGCUUCAGUUGCGUAGAAACGAUCCUUCCAGACGGAGGAGAAUCAAGAGAGAUUUGUACAACGUCCCGAGAAAAGGAGUCGCCGGAUUACGGCUCAAUGUGCAGGACGAGGAGAUUGUGAGGGAGAUAAGGGGCGCCGAGCGGCCGGCUAGUCCUGCGAGUGACAGCAUGGGUACAGGCGACGGCACGAAUACCCCCAUACCGCCUAGUAACACGCCACAGACACCUGCGGGCGGGACGGCGAGUGGCGACGCUACGCCUCUGAACGAUAGAAUAGACCAGAGGUCGGAUUCCUUGCAUCAGGUCCUGGAACAGAUGCGCUCUCUCGUUUUAAGGGAGCACCUGUCCCUGAACAGCGAUAACGAAUUCGAGGAGGACACGGAGGACGCGUCGAUUUCGGAUCAUCCCACUCUAUCAUAGCUACAAAUAUCGUACUGUCCGUAUUCGUCCGAGAUCGCGGUGAUCUUAUUUCGGAAUCUCCAAUUCAUUUCCAGACUCCUCGUAUCGCUACUCAGCUCAAUAAGAUAGUAUAAAAAUAUAUAUACAAAUGUACAUCGUGUUUUGCUGGAAACGCAUCAAAAUGUAUACUUUUUUGUUGAUCUAGCAAAUCACAUUGCUCAACUACGUACGGCAACUGACAAAUAAGUAUUUCGAGUUAAGUAACUGUCUUUAUUCAGUAAGUUUACUCUUCUCUCCCCUUUGCUCUUAAAAAGUUGUUUAAUUAUAAUGCAUACGAUGUAACGAGAAAAGUAUCAAUUAAGUUGUCAUUGAAGUAAGAGUUUGCGGAAAGCGGAUUUGCAAUUUAUAAAGUAACUACUUGUUGAUGAAUAAUGUACUUAAAAGUCUAAUUUUGAGAAUUACUGUGUCGUGCAGCAGUGAUAUAAAGCUGCUGUACAAUUAGUCGUAUGAAAUAAGAUAAAUAUACUAUAGCUAUUCUAAAAUGUAUUAAAGUUUCUAAUAAAAAUGUGUUCAUGCCUUAGAGAGGCGCGUAAAAAGAGAAUAUAACGAAAAAAAAAAAACAUGUAUUUAUUAAGAAAAUCGAGUGCAAUACUCGCUAAUUGAUAAUCACUAGUUUUGAAUAAAGUCUGUAAUCUUCGAUGUUUAGAAAUAUCGAGAAUUAUCUUCUUCUCUUGUAUUGCACAUAGAAAUAAAAGAUGCAUUUUCCUCGGCAA